AAAAGAGAGAGGAGCAGCACAGAACAGCACAGGUUCUCGUGUUAGUUUGAGGAAGAGUGAGUGAGUGAGUGAGAUUAGCAGCGCCACUUUCCACUACCCUCACUCACCGGUUCGCUCUCAACUCCAAGCCUUGCAAGUCUGCCACCCAAACCCAACCCAACCCAACCAAUACCCCACCCCUUCCCUUCGCUUCCCCUUUCUCUUCAAAUCCUCAAACUUAGGGUUUCCGAACAAAACUAAAACCCACUAGCCGGAACAACCAACAACAACAACAAUUGUAUAAUAUAUAUUAAAUAGAUAGAUAUUAAAUUAGGGUUUUCAUGUUCUUCCAAUGCCAAGUUUUGAUGUCUUAUGAAUGGAGAUUUUCUCUGUCUUCUCGUCGGAACCAUCCCUUGUCGCCGUCACGGUGACUGCGCUCUGUUUUCUUCUCGCGCUGUUCUCUCUCCGUCGAUCAUUCUCGCCGCCCAGGAAGCAGCACUGCGAUUGCGCCUCCAAUUCUGAUUCCGCCGGCGCCGUCCCCUACUUGAACGGCGGGGCUGCCCAAAUGCUGGAGCCCAGUCCCGUUCAAACUCCGGCUCCGGCUCCAGCUGCGUUGUCGGAGCGGCGAACGGGGUCGUCGAUGAUGGAAGAACUGGUUCCGGAGAUUACGACGCAUGCUCUGAGUUACUUGGAUUACCCAAGUUUGUGUCGCCUUUCGAUGACCAAUUCUUUGAUGCGUAAAGCUGCGAAUGAUGAUAAUGCCUGGAAGGCCCUUUAUCACAAGGACUUUACUUUGGAACAAGAUAGUAUUACACCCACUAAUGGGUGGAAGGCCUACUAUGCUGCAACAAGAGCAAUUGUGAAUAUUAAUACAGAAUUCUUCAACAUUGUUAGAGAUAAGUCUAUUCCAGCAAUGAGUCGUUUUUGGCUAAAUGCAGAUUAUGUGAAGUGCAUUCAUGCCUCAGGAGAACUCUUUUCUGGGUAUAAUGCGGUAAUGCAGAGUUGGCAACUCGUAUUCAACUGGGAGCAAGGAUUGAACUUUCAGGUUCGAGACGUACGUGCUCGGGUCUUGACAGACAUGGCUUGGGUUACCAUGAAAACAAAUGUUGCUGAUCUGGAUACAGGGCCAUUCAAUGUGACCAAUGUUUUUGAAUUCCAUAAUGGACGGUGGUAUAUGGUUCAUCACCACAGUUCUGUGAUGAAUGGGGAGGUGGAGCACCAGAUUGUGCAUGGAUAAUAGUGAGAGAUGAUACAUUGUUAUGUCUGAUACUGGUUACAAAGGUGGUUUUAUUUACAGAAGCAAGAUGCUUGAAAUUUUUGUGAUUUCUUUGGAAGAUCCUUUUUUAGUUUACAAUGUUAGUUUCAUUUUUAUACUGUAUAUAAGACAGGAAGUCGCAAUGGCUAUGGCGCCAGAAAAGAGUUAUAAGUACAGUAAUUGGAUUUAAGUAAACACAUAUGAUGGGUGGAAAGGAUGGCUAGCUGUGAAAUGAAACGUUGGAUCAGGACGUUCGCUGGCAUCAAAUCUUAAAGGCGAGACUUGUAAAAACCAAGGCUAAGGAGGCAAAUGCAAAAGCAUUCUCCAUUUUUGUCGUGCAUCUUAGCAAUGUGCAUUUUUUUUACUGUGAGUUGAAUUUUGAAUCUUAUGCUAACAAAAUGAUGAUUUU